AUUAGACAAUUUUUGUUGCAGACUUGUAAGUAAGAUCGAUUAUAUUGGGCUGGACUUAUUGGGUCAAUUUUGAUUCUUGUCAAUGAUUUAGACUCUAUGUACUAUCCAAAUGACACGGCCUAUAUAGAAAACUGAAGCCGAAUAGCCGACAACGAGGAGCUUCUCGUCGCUCCAUUGCAAUCGGAAACAUCUUCCAUCUCGAUUCUCGCAGAUUGCUCUCAUUUCUCUUGAGUCGCUCAUCAUUUGCUUAUAGUAAUCCAGAAAUUCCGUUAUUUCAGAUCCGUCUAAAGCCCCAAAACCCAAGACCCACCAUCAAUGUUCAUCCUCUUAUAAGAAGCUUGCAGCUAUAGACCAAAAAAGAUGAAGCAUUCGAGUUACCUGACAUACAAAUGCAAACAAAUGGCUUUCAUUUAAAAAAUGGGCAGUAGAUUGGGAAGAAGAGUGGUUAACUUUGCCAAUAUCCCAAUAAAGCUUCUCAUGCCCUCUUCUUUUUCAAACAUUACCGAAAUCGCCCUCAAAACCAUCCCCUCUGCUUCAAAGAUUGAAAUCAAGAGAGUUUUGGAAUCAUUAUACGGAUUUGAAGUGGACGAGGUUCGAACCCUAAACAUGGAUGGAAAGAAGAAGAAAAGAGAGGAAAAGAAGAACAUGAUGAGCAAACAGGCUAAAUCAAGCAUUGUUGAAGGUGAUGAAACAAAGAAAACACAUUGGCUUGAUGGUGGUGGGGUUAAGAAACAGACUGGUUAUGGUGGUAGGGAACGGCGGGGUGUGGAGGACCGUCGGAGGGGCGGCGGUGGCACUGAUAGCACCGCCGGCACGUCCAAGUUUCCAUGGACUGCCAUGCGGGCAAAGCAUCUGAUUGCAGAUCGGAGGCGAUUUCAAGCAAACAUAGAGGGCUUCCUUGCCGGCGGCGGUUACGUCGCUGCCGGAUACGACGUUGCUGGCGGAGUCGGAGGCAGAGGCGGUGGUCGGUUGGUGGCGGUUGGGUUGGCCGGUUUACAGACCGGAGAUGCAAAGGAUGGAUUAAUCCCCAUUCCUACAAUGAGCGCUUUACCAGUUUCAAGCAUAAAGUUAAGAAACAAACGAAACCUUAAGGGUUCUUGGCAAUGUGAAUGGCAGCUUGACUAUCGCAUUUGA